AUGGAACAAAAUCAUAUUCUUGAAAGGCUUACGACAGGACAAUCUGCACUUGAGAUUUCUGUUUGUAAAGACACGCAGGACCAUAGCAGCAGUUUCCUAAGUGCGAGCCAUUUGGGAGAAAUCCUUUAUGAAUAUUUAUUGGUUUGGAGAUAUCUAAUUGUAUUAGAUGACAUACGGACUUGGGAAAUUUGGAAUGGCAUAAGGAAUUUCUUUCCAGAUUUUGGAACUAUGAGUCGAAUCAUUGUAACGAGUAGGCUGUCAAAUGUGGGAACUUAUUUUGGCUUUCCCGGCAUUCAGAUGAGCUUCCUCGACAGAGUUAAAAGUUGGGAAUUGCUUCGUGAAACUAUAUUUGGAACAGAGGGUUGUCCUAAUGAACUUGAGAGAAUGUAG